GUUAUCAAUUACAGGAGCUUCUGAAUGGCAUACAGGGGAGUAUCCCCAGUCCUCCUCCAAUGUCCAACCUUGGCCACAUAUAGAGUAUUCUCAGUCCUCCUUUAGUGUCCAACCUUGGCAUAUUCCACCAGAGAAUUAUUAUGCUGGCAAUAUUGGUGUUCUGGAAGAUGUUGGCUUUUGCUCUAGUACUGGAGAUAGAAAUUAUGAUGGGGAAGAACAAAAUCAUGUGAUAGAAAUAACAAAUCAAUCAGAGAUUGAUGGUGAAAUUGAUAGACAGCUAAAUGAAAUGAAUGCAGUCCCCCACACUCCUCAAACAGAUACAGAUAUACCUCCAGUUGAUGAUGCAAUGUCUGAUCAUGAAAGGCUUCUAAAUAGACUGCGGCUUAGCGGCUUUGUUGAGCACGAAGUUGAAGGGGAUGGAAACUGUCAGUUCCGUGCUUUAUCAGACCAGUUUUAUCAAACACCUGAAUAUCACAGAGAUAUCAGAAAACAAGUUGUUAAUCAGCUUAAAGAACAUCCUGAGAUGUACAAAGAGUACAUAGCCAUGCCUUACAAUGAUUAUUUGAAGAUGAUGGUGAAGGAUGGGGAGUGGGGUGAUCAUGUGACAUUGCAGGCUGCUGCAGACUUGUAUGGUGUAAAGAUUAUGAUCGUAACAUCAUUCAAGGACACCUGGUACAUCGAGAUCAUUCCAAAGACGGAGAAGCCAAAAAGAGGGGUGUACCUUAGUUUCUGGGCAGAAGUGCAUUACAACUCCAUUGUUUUUCAAGGAGAUGCUGUUAAGGUGAAGAGGAAGAAAGGUUGGAGUUCGGGAAGCAAGAAUAAGGGUAGAUAGCGGUAGGAAGAUGUUGCAGUUGCACUUGGCUAGCUUAUGUUGUACAGUUAAUUAGUUUGUGCAUGGUGCAACAGGAAGAUGUUGUUGUUUUAUUUUUAUUUUUUUAGUAGUUAAUUU